AUGCGUUUGAAGUGUUUAAAAACAAAUGCUACUAUUUGGGGUUGUGAUUCAUAUAAAAGUGUAAAACGCGAUGAUUUUAUUAGUGACGAGAAUUCUCAGAAUUCUGAAGCCAAUGAGUUGGAUAAUGAGAUUAUUAAUAACAAUAAGAAUAUCACAUUUAAUAAUGAGAGUCUUGAUGAAGAUACGAACGAUACGACAGGUAAAUUAACAGUCGAGUGUGGUAGUGAGUACCAGGAUAUCAUAGAAGAACGUCAGUGUAGAGACAACCUCGACUACUACCCAUUUGCUGUGUCAUUACAGAAGAAAGGCGCACACUACGCAACCGGGACGCUCAUAGACAAACGGUGGAUAUUAAGCGCUGCUAUAGAUUUCUACAACGUAAGAGAAUCUAUAAAAUUAUUUAGACCUAGACUAGGAUCUGUGAAUUGCAAACGAGGUGGCAUUUUCGUACCCCUCAAAGCUGUGGAGAUACAUCCUUCUUAUGUACCAGGGAGACCCAGUUUCGACUUGGCACUCCUCAGGAUCGCGUCUCCGGUGGACUACACGGAUUAUAUCAGGCCAAUACGUUUGACACAAAUUACUCAUAAAGUACUGGAGGCUAAGUUUUUGACUACGUACUGGCCUAGAUUAAUUGUAAAUGGCCAUCCUCUGCCACCAUCCGCUAAAGAACGAGUGAAACAGUACAGCAUGAGGGUGUCAAUACAGAGGAUGGUGCCGUGGGACGACUGCCGCGAGCUGAUGAUGCAUAGGAAUCUGGUGUUAAACGACUCGUGUUUAUGUCUGCUCCCGAUUAAAGUACACCAUAGUAAUUGUAUGCCCGACGUUGGCGCACCAGUUAUCGCCAAGGACGGAUUGUGGGGCAUCACUUCUGGAUGGACUCCUACAGAUUGCUUCGUACGUCCCACUCUGACUAUCUUCACACGUCUCUCCUCAUCAAUUGUCCGCUCCUGGUUGGAUCCGCUGCUUAUAAAUGUGUAA